AUGGGAUUCUGGAACCUCAUCCAGGGAAGUGUGCUGGACACAGGCGAGCAGCUGAUGGUCCCCGUGGAGGUCCUGGAAGCGGACAACGAGGGGGCCUGGUGGAAGUUUCUACUCUCGGGAGCCGUGGCUGGGGCUGUGUCUCGCACUGGCACGGCCCCUCUGGACCGAGCCAAGGUGUACAUGCAGGUCUACUCCUCCAAGACCAACCUCAUGAACCUGCUGGGGGGGCUACGGAGCAUGGUCCAGGAGGGGGGCUUCCGCUCUCUAUGGCGGGGCAAUGGCAUCAACGUGCUCAAGAUCGCCCCUGAGUAUGCCAUCAAGUUCUCGGUCUUUGAGCAGUGUAAGAAUUACUUCUGCGGUGUACGUGGCAAUCCGCCCUUCCAGGAACGUAUCCUUGCUGGCUCCCUCGCGGUGGCCAUCUCCCAGACGCUCAUCAACCCCAUGGAGGUGCUGAAGACGCGGCUGACGCUGGGCUGGACAGGCCAGUACAAGGGGCUGCAGGACUGUGCACGGCAGAUCCUGGAGCGGGAGGGGCCCCGCGCCUUCUACCGCGGCUACCUGCCCAACAUGCUGGGCAUCAUCCCCUACGCAGGCAUCGACCUGGCCGUCUAUGAGACCAUGCUGUGCUUCUGGCAGAAGUCAGGGAGGGACAUGGAGGACCCCAGCGGCCUGGUGGUCAGCGUGUCGUCCGUGACGCUGUCCACGACCUGCGGCCAGAUGGCCAGUUAUCCGCUGACCUUGGUGCGCACCAGGAUGCAGGCUCAAGACACUGUGGAGGGCUCAAACCCCACCAUGCGCGGAGUCUUCCAGCGGAUCCUAGCUCAGCAGGGUUUGCCAGGGCUGUACCGAGGCAUGACCCCCACUCUACUGAAGGUGCUGCCCGCCGGCGGCAUCAGCUACCUGGUGUACGAAGUAAUGAAGAAAACCCUGGGUGUUUCGGCAGCAAGAUAG